UGGCGGGGUUGUCCGACGACGCUGGACGCUUUCCUCGGAGCUGAAUGGGUCGUUCUCUAAACCCGCAGCGAUGUCGUCCUGGCUUGGGGGCCUCAGCGCCGGCGUGGGCCAGUCUCUGGGUCGAGUUGGGGGUAGCCUGGCUUCCCUCACUGGCCAGAUUUCAAAUUUGACAAAGAAGAUGCUGAUGGAGGGCGCGGAGGAAGUGGAAGAAUUACCUAAUUCUAGGAGAACAGAAAUUGAAGCCAUUCCUGCAGUCUUAAAAUCAGAGAAUGAAAGACUGAAAAAACUUUGUAGUGAUCUCGAAGUGAAGUAUGAAGCCUCAGAGCUUCAAAUAAAGCAGCAAUCUACAAAUUACCGAAAUCAACUACAACAGAAACAGGUAGAAAUCAGCUACCAUAAAGCAAGACAGAUUGCGCUACAGGAUCAGUUGCUGACACUGCAGUCAGCCUUUCAGUCAGUACAUUCAGGAGCUGGUGGUAUACCAGCAACCCCUGCAUCUUCUUCAUUCGGUUGUGGAAUCAGUCAUCAUGCCUCAGCUUUCCACAAUGAUGACAUGGACUUCGGAGAUAUUAUUUCAUUACAACAAGAAAUAAACAGAUUGUCAAAUGAAGUUUCAAGACUCAAGUCUGAAGUUGGCUAUUGGAGGCAUAUUGCUCAGACUUCUAAAGCACAAGGAACACAUAGCUCUGAUCAAAGAGAAAUCUUCAAACUGCAAAAUAUCAUUAAGGAACUUAAACAGAACCGAAGUCAGGAAAUUGAUGACCAUCAACAUGAAAUCUCAGUAUUGCAGAAUGUUCAUCAACAGAAAUUGACACAAAUGCAUCGUCAGUAUCGCGAGGGAUUAAGCUACUAUGAAGAACGAAUUGAAGAACUCAAAAACCUGUUACAAGAAGGUGGCUCAGAAGUUACAGGAACUGAUCACUCUAAAAUCUACGAGAUGCAAAAAACUAUUCAAGUUCUACAAACUGAAAAAAUGGAAUCUACAAAAAAAAUUGAAGAACUUGAAGAUAAAAUAAAAGACAUAAAUGAAAAACUAUCUUCUGCAGAAAAUGACAGAGAUGUUUUAAGGAGAGAACAAGAACAACUAAACGUGGAAAAGAGACAAAUAAUUGAAGAAUGUGAAAGCUUGAAACUGGAUUGCAGUACAUUGCAAUCAUAUGCUAUGAAGCAAAGUGAUUGUGUAACAGAAAAGGAAAGAAUUCUUCCACAGAGUCCAUCAGUGGAAGAAGUGGUCACACUACAUCAAGAACUGCCUGAUGCUGAAAAUGAAAUGAGACUGAAUAGUUUAAACCAGGAUAACAAUCUCACUGAAGACAAUGAGAAACUUAAAAUGCAUGUCCAAGUUUUAGAAAAAGAGAAUUCAUUAUUGAGCCAAGAAAAGAUGGAACUUCAGAUAUCACUUUUAAAACUGAACAAUGACUAUGAAGUAAUGAAAAGUACAGCUGCAGAAGAUAUGAGUUUGGACUCCGAAUUACAUGGCUUAAGACUUAGUUUGGAGGCAAAGGAACGAGAACUCAUUCAGAGUAUGAAUGAAAAGGAUGUGCUUUACAAGUUAGGAGAAUUGGACAAACAGAACCAAGAAAUUACAAAGCACCUUAUUUUGAUAAAAGAUCAGCUAUCAAAACAACAAAAUGAAGGAGAUUGCAUUAUCAGUAAACUGAAAAAAGAUCUAGAUGAUGAAAAAAAGAUAGUUCAUCAACUCGAGGAUGAUAAAAUGAACCUUACUAAAGAGUUAGACACACAAAAAGCAGAGUUAAUUCAAAGUGAGCUGGUCCAGAAUGACUUGCAUUUAAUCAAGGAGGCACUUGAGGAUAAAGUAGAAGAUUUAGUAGGUCAGCUAAGUAAAUCACAAAAAAAUAAUUCAAACAUCCAGAAGGAGAACCUUGAACUUAAGGAACAUAGUAGACAAAAUGAGGAAGAGCUUUCUAGAGUCAGGAAUGAGUUAACUCAGUCUCUUAAUCAAGACUCUAAUAGUACUUUUAAGGAUAACUUACUUAAAGAAAGGGAAGCUGAAGAGAACCUUAAAGAAAGUCUUUCAGAAAUAGAACAGCUCAAUGAAAAUUUACAGAAAGUUGCUUUUGAUCUGAAAAUGGAAAAUGAAAAGUUGGUUUUAACAUGUGAAGACGUAAGACAUCAGUUGGAAGAAUCUGUAGCAGGGAACAGUCAGCUUUCUCUGGAAAUAAACACUAUUGUGGAGACUCUAAAACUGGACAAAGGACAGAUAGAAGCAGAAUUGUGUCAGGCUAAAGAGAGGCUGUUGGAAGAAGCAAGCAAGUAUGAGCAAAACAUUGAAGAACUAUCAAAUGCACAUAACUCGAGCACCUCUGCCUUACAGCUGGAAUAUGUGUGUUUAAUUCAACUCAGUCAAGAGAAAGACUUUGAAAUAGUAGAACUCAAAAAGCAUAUUGAGCAAAUGGAUACCGAUCAUAAAAAAACUGAGGAAAUUUUGUCAUCUAGUGAAGAAGAGCAGAAGCAAUUGACAGAAGUUAUAAAGGAAAAUGAACUUUUUAUUGAAAAACUUAACGAAAAGUGUCCAGAGCUGCAGGAGGAAUUAGAUAAAUAUUCUCAGGCCUUAAUGACAAAUGAAAUUUUAAGGCAGACCAUAGAGGAAAAGGAUAGAAGUCUUGGAGCCAUGAAAGAAGAAAACAGUCAUCUGCAAGAAGAACUGGAACAACUCAGGGAACAGCAGAGUCAAGCUGCACCUGUGGCUGAGCCCAAACCACUUGAUAGUAUUACAGAACUAGAAUCGGAGGUAUCUCAACUGAGUAUAAUCAAGGGUCAUCUUGAAGAGGAAAUUAAACAUCAACAGAAGAUAUUUGAAGAUCAAAAUCAGAGUAAAAUGCAACUACUUCAAUCUUUACAGGAGCAGAAGAAGGAAAUGGAUGAGUUUAGAUACCAGCAUGAGCAAAUGAAUGUCACACACACCCAGCUCUUUUUAGAGAAAGAUGAGGAAAUUAAGAACUUGCAAAAAGCAGUUGAUCAAAUCAAAACCCAGUUGCAUGAAGAAAGACAGGACAUUCAAACGGAGAAUCCUGAUAUUUUACAAGAAACAAGAGUUUAGAGCCUUAAUAUGGAAAAUGGAAGUGAAAAGCAUGAUUUAUCUGAAGCUGAAACUGAAAGAUUGGUGAAAGGAAUAAAAGAACGAGAACUAGAGAUUAAACUUCUAAAUGAAAAGAAUAUCUCUCUAACUAAACAGAUCGAUCAGUUGUCCAAAGAUGAGGUUGGUAAACUAACUCAGAUUAUCCAACAGAAAGAUGUGGAGAUAGAAGCUCUUCACGCUAGAAUUUCUUCAGCUUCCUACACCCAGGAUAUUAUGUACCUUCAACAGCAAUUGCAGGUCUAUGCUAGGGAAAGAGAACAAGUAUUAGCUGUUUUGGAUGAGAAGACUAGGGAAAAUAGCCAUCUAAAAGCAGACUAUCAGAAAAUUAUGGAUAUAGUUGCAGCCAAAGAAGCAGCCCUCAUUAAGCUGCAAGAGGACAACAACAAAUUGUGCACUCAACUGGAAAGUAGCAGCCAAGAUAUGUUUAGAGAAACUGUUCAGAAUUUAUCAUGUAUCAUUCGAUAGAAAGACAUUGAAAUAGAUGCAUUAAGUCAGAAAUGUGCGACUUUAUUAAAAGUUUUACGAACAUCCAGCACUGGUAAAGAGGCUGGAGUUGUUAAGAGUAAUCAGUUCGAGGAGCUUUUACAGGAACGGGAUAAAUUAAAACAGCAAGUACAGAAAAUGGAAGAGUGGAAACAGCAGGUGAUGACCACCGUGCAAAAUAUGCAAAACGAGUUGGCUCAAUUUCGGGAACAACUUGGUUGGCUUCAGGCAGAAGUUUUGGUUGACAGUGAUAGUAAUUCUAAAUUACAAGUGGACUAUACUGGCCUGAUCCAAAGUUACAAGCAGAAUGAAACCAAACUGAAAAGUUUGGGGCAGGAAUUAGCAAAAGUUUCGCAUAGCACGGGGCAGCUUUGCAAUACUGAAGAUCUUCUUUUAGGAAAACUUGAUAUUAUUUCAUCCCAGCUCUCUUCCGGAUCAUCACUGACUUUCCAGUCAGCACAGUCUCUUAGAGCGAGUAAAUCUGAUAUAUCAAGUGAAUCGUCUCAGUUGGGCAAGACUGGGGAGUUAAAUCAGCUUUUAAAUGCAGUUAAGUCAAUGCAGGAGAAGACAGUUACAUUUCAACAGUAGAGAGACCAAGUCACAUUGUCCCUGAAACAGAAACAAAUGGAAAACAAUACCCUACAGAAUGAGGUUCAACAUUUACGUACCAAAGAAUUACGGUUAAACCAGGAGCUAGAGAGAUUGCAUAAUCAUCUUUUAGAAUCAGAAGAUUCUUAUACCUGUGAGGCUUUGGCUGCUGAAGAUAGAGAGGCUAAACUAAAAAAGAAAGUCACAGAAUUGGAGGAACAGCUAGUUUCAUCCUCUAAUGCAAUGGAAAAUGCAAGCCAUCAAGCCAGUGUGCAGGUAGAGUCAUUACAGGAGCAAUUGAAUGUGGUCUCCAAGCAAAGGGAUGAAACUGCACUGCAGCUUUCGGUCUCCCAGGAACAAGUAAAGCAGUAUACUCUAUCACUAGCCAACCUGCAGAUGGUCCUAGAGCACUUUCAGCAAGAGGAGAAAGCUAUGUAUUCUCCUGAACUAGAAAAGCAAAAACAGCUUAUGGCUGAGUGGAAGGAAAAGGCAGAAAAUCUGGAAGGAAAAGUGGUGUCAUUACAGGAACAUUUGGAUGAAACAAAUGCUGUGUUGGAUUCAGCGUCAAGACUUACAGAACAGUUAGACCUAAAGGAAGAAAAAAUUGAAGAACUUAAAAAACAGAAUGAGCUCCGACAAGCAAUGCUGGAUGAUGUACAAAAGAAAUUGGUGAACUUAGUAGACAGUGCAGAAGGAAAAGUGGACAGAGUCCUAAUGAGAAACCUCUUUGUUGGACAUUUCCACACACCAAAAAAUCAGCGUCAUGAAGUGUUAAGAUUGAUGGGAAGCAUCCUGGGUAUUGAAAGGGAGGAAAUGGAGCAGUUGUUUCAUGAAGAUCAGGGUGGUGUGACCAGGUGGAUGACUGGGUGGCUUGGAGGAGGAUCAAAAAGUGUCACCAACACACCUUUGAGACCAAAUCAGCAGUCUGUGCUUAAUAGUUCUUUUUCAGAACUUUUUGUUAAAUUUCUGGAAACAGAGUCUCAUCCAUCUGUUCUACCACUAAAACAUUCUGGUCAUGAUAUAAAACCUCUAGAUUCACCAGGAAGGAGAAAACUAGAUACAAAUGUACCAGAAAGUUUUAGAGAUACAACAGAAUCCAGGUCUGGUAGAAGAACAGACAUGAAUCCAUUCCUGGCUUCCCGCUCUGCAGCUGUGCCUCUUAUUAACCCAGCUGGACUUGGACCUGGUGGGCCUGGGCAUCUUCUUUUGAAACCCAUCUCAGAUGUUUUGCCCACAUUUACACUUUUGCCAGUGUCACCUGACAACAGCACUAGAGUUGCAUUGAAACCAGAGAUGAUAUAG